AGUCGGUUGGAAAGUUUCAUGGUAGCUAGUCGCAUUGAAGAAAAUUGUCGAAAAGAGUGUGACCAAUAUAAAUAUCCCUCCAUAUGAUUAAAUAAAAAAAUUAAUCAAUUCAAUCAGAAAUAAAAAAUAAUCGAAAAUAAGUGUUUAAAGAAGUUAAAGUUAAAAAACACCAGUUUUUAUUAAAAUUAUCCGCGUAUUAAUAAGAAAGACAAAUAUCAAGAUAAUUAAUUAAUAUUCUUCAUUUUGUACUUGUGUGAAUAUCGCGAUAAUCGCAUGAUAAUCGAUUUCUUUGGACAAUUCUAUAGAUAAAUAGUAUUCAAAAUCAUUCAGCACUAUGACUGCAAUUAUAAGACAGCUUAUAGCAUGGUAUAAAUUCAUUAACGAAGAUCUAGCAGAUCCACGUACCAAAGAUUAUUUUAUGAUCAGCUCACCAUGGCCUGGUCUAACUCUGAUUGGAUUGUAUCUAUAUUUUAUAUGUAGUUUUGGACCAAGAUUUAUGAAAAAAAGACAACCUUUUAAAUUAAAUAGGAUAUUGCAAAUAUACAAUGUAAUACAAAUCCUAUUAAAUGGAUUGUUAUUUUACAUAACAUUUGCAGAAGGGUUGUUAAAAGAGUUUAAUUACAUCUGCGAGCCUAUUGAUUUCUCAUACACACUAAAAGCUAUAAAGAUCACCAAAUUGGUCUGGUUCUAUUUCCUUAUCAAGAUGUUGGAUUUAAUGGAUACAAUCUUUUUCGUACUCAGAAAGAAGCAAAAACAAAUAACAUUUCUUCAUUUGUAUCAUCACGUUGGCAUUCUAAUAGGUGCUUGGUGUGCCACUAAAUAUCUUCCUAGUGGUCAUACUAAUUUCUUAGGAAUACUUAAUACAGUUGUUCACGUAAUAAUGUACACGUAUUACCUGUUAUCAUCCAUGAAGAUAAAUACAAAUGCGUGGAAGAAAUAUAUUACUCAGCUGCAGCUGAUUCAAUUUUUUAUAAUUACAUUACAUGAUUUACAAUUAUUCUGGUUAAAAGAUUGCGACUUUCCAUUAUGGCCGAUGUAUAUAAUGGUACCACAGAAUCUGUUUAUGAUGAUAUUAUUUGGAGAUUUUUAUUAUAAAACAUAUAUCAAGAAAAAAUCAGUAAAGAAAGCAGUGCUAACAAAGACGGAAAUAAAUGGCAUCUCUUCUGAAGUUACUACUGAAAAACAAAAAGAACAAUAAAUUUGCAGUCACAUUUUGUCCAAAUUUACUGUAAUUACUGUAAUUGACAUUUACUGUAAUUGAUUUUAUUAAAUUUUUUUACAUUAA